AUGGAUUGGCGCGAUCACAUGUGUCACACCAUCCCCUUCCCUGCUUCCCCGUGUCCCUUUCCCUACUUCCCCAUGACCCCUUCCCUGCUUCCCCAUGUCCCUUUCCCUACUUCCCCAUGUCCCCUUCCCUGCUUCCCCGUGUCCCCUUCCCUACUUCCCCAUGUCCCCUUCCCUACUUCCCCAUGUCCCCUUCCCUGCUUCCCCAUGUCCCUUUCCUUGCUUCCCCAUGUCCCUUUCCUUGCUUCCUCGUGUCCCUUUCCUUGCUUCCCCAUGUCCCUUUCCUUGCUUCCUCGUGUCCCUUUCCUUGCUUCCCCAUGUCCCUUUCCUUGCUUCCACGUGUCCCCUUCCCUGCUUCCCCCCAUCACCUUCCCUGCUUCCCCAUGUCCCCUUCCCUGCUUCCGCAUGUCCCCGUCCCUGCUUCCCCCCACGCCCUCCCCUACUUCCCCAUGUCCCCUUCCCUGCUUCCCCAUGUCCCUUUCCCUGCUUCCCCGUGUCCCUUUCCCUGCUUCCCCAUGUCCCCUUCCCUGCUUCCCCGUGUCCCUUUCCCUGCUUCCCCAUGUCCCCUUCCCUGCUUCCCCAUGUCCCUUUCCCUGCUUCCCCGUGUCCCUUUCCCUGCUUCCCCGUGUCCCUUUCCCUGCUUCCCCCCAUCCCCUUCCCAGCUUCCCCGUGUCCCCUUCCCUGCUUCCCCAUGUCCCUUUCCCUACUUCCCCAUGUCCCCUUCCCUGCUUCCCCCCAUCCCCUUCCCUUCUUCCCCCCAUCCCCUUCCCUGCUGCUCCAUGUCCCCUUCCCUGCUUCCCCGUGUCCCUUUCCCUGCUUCCCCCCAUCCCCUUCCCUUCAUUCCCGCAUCCCUUUACAUGCUUUCCCCCAUCCUCUUCCCUUCUUCCCCCCAUCCCCUUCCCUGCUUCCCCAUGCCCCUUUCCUUGCUUCCCCAUGUCCCUUUCCUUGCUUCCCCGUGUCCCUUUCCCUGCUUCCCCCCAUCCCCUUCCCUGCUUCCCCCCAUCCCUUUACAUGCUUCCCCAUGUCCCCUUCCCUGCUUCCCCAUGUCCCCUUCCCUGCUUCCGCAUGUCCCCGUCCCUGCUUCCCCCCACGCCCUCCCCUACUUCCCCAUGUCCCCUUCCCUGCUUCCCCAUGUCCCUUUCCCUGCUUCCCCGUGUCCCUUUCCCUGCUUCCCCAUGUCCCCUUCCCUGCUUCCCCGUGUCCCUUUCCCUGCUUCCCCAUGUCCCCUUCCCUGCUUCCCCAUGUCCCUUUCCCUGCUUCCCCGUGUCCCUUUCCCUGCUUCCCCGUGUCCCUUUCCUUGCUUCCCCAUGUCCCUUUCCUUGCUUCCUCGUGUCCCUUUCCUUGCUUCCCCAUGUCCCUUUCCUUGCUUCCUCGUGUCCCUUUCCUUGCUUCCCCAUGUCCCUUUCCUUGCUUCCACGUGUCCCCUUCCCUGCUUCCCCCCAUCCCUUUACAUGCUUCCCCAUGUCCCCUUCCCUGCUUCCGCAUGUCCCCGUCCCUGCUUCCCCCCACGCCCUCCCCUGCUUCCCCAUGUCCCUUUCCCUGCUUCCCCCCAUCCCCUUCCCAGCUUCCCCGUGUCCCCUUCCCUGCUUCCCCAUGUCCCUUUCCCUACUUCCCCAUGUCCCCUUCCCUGCUUCCCCCCAUCCCCUUCCCUUCUUCCCCCCAUCCCCUUCCCUGCUGCUCCAUGUCCCCUUCCCUGCUUCCCCGUGUCCCUUUCCCUGCUUCCCCCCAUCCCUGCUUCCCCCCAUCCCUGCUUCCCCCCAUCCCUUUACAUGCGAAACCAUGUCCCCUUCCCUGCUUCCCCAUGUCCCCUUCCCUGCUUCCGCAUGUCCCCGUCCCUGCUCCCCCCCACGCCCUCCCCUGGUUCCCCAUGUCCCUUUCCCUGCUUCCCCAUGUCCCUUUCCUUGCUUCCCCGUGUCCCUUUCCUUGCUUCCCCAUGUCCCUUUCCUUGCUUCCUCGUGUCCCUUUCCUUGCUUCCCCAUGUCCCUUUCCUUGCUUCCUCGUGUCCCUUUCCUUGCUUCCCCAUGUCCCUUUCCUUGCUUCCACGUGUCCCCUUCCCUGCUUCCCCCCAUCCCUUUACAUGCUUCCCCAUGUCCCCUUCCCUGCUUCCGCAUGUCCCCGUCCCUGCUUCCCCCCACGCCCUCCCCUGCUUCCCCAUGUCCCUUUCCCUGCUUCCCCCCAUCCCCUUCCCAGCUUCCCCGUGUCCCCUUCCCUGCUUCCCCAUGUCCCUUUCCCUACUUCCCCAUGUCCCCUUCCCUGCUUCCCCCCAUCCCCUUCCCUUCUUCCCCCCAUCCCCUUCCCUGCUGCUCCAUGUCCCCUUCCCUGCUUCCCCGUGUCCCUUUCCCUGCUUCCCCCCAUCCCUGCUUCCCCCCAUCCCUGCUUCCCCCCAUCCCUUUACAUGCGAAACCAUGUCCCCUUCCCUGCUUCCCCAUGUCCCCUUCCCUGCUUCCGCAUGUCCCCGUCCCUGCUCCCCCCCACGCCCUCCCCUGGUUCCCCAUGUCCCUUUCCCAGCUUCCCCCCAUCCCCUUCCCUGCUUCCCCAUGCCCCUUUCCUUGCUUCCCCAUGUCCCUUUCCUUGCUGCCUUUGUAG